CUUCUAUUUCUCUAAAAACAAGUCUCUUUUAUUUGUUUGCUUUCUCUAAAAAUAUUUCUUUGUUUUCUUUCUCUAUAAACAAGUCUCUUUUAUUUGUUUUCCUUCUCUAAAACCAAUUCUCUUUCAAUUGUUUUCCUUUUCAAAACACAAAUCUCUUUUUAUUUUUUGUACGUUUUGCUUCUUAAAAAGUAAUGGCAUCACAUUCUCAUGAUCAUGACUCUUUUGAUGAUAUUAUAGAGGAAAGGAUUGAAAAUUGUUUUGAAGAUGGUUUAGAUAAUUACAGUAGACGUAUAGCGGGAAAAAAAAAGAAAAAAAGGGCUGCUAAUAUAGAGAGAGAUCGGGAAGAAGGAAAUAUUCGAUUAUGGAACGAUUACUUUUCGGAUGACCCCGUUUACCAUGAUCGCAUGUUCCGACGGCGAUUUCGAAUGACCAAGCCGUUGUUCGUUCGUAUUGUUCAAAGUCUUUCUCAAUUUCCAUAUUUCCAACAAAGGGAGGAUGCUACUGGGAAGCAAGGUCUAUCUGCCCUACAGAAAUGUACUGCCGCAAUUAGGCGUCUGGCAUAUGGUCUUGCAAACGAUGCGAUGGACGAAUACCUCCGCAUGGGCGCAACCACUGUGAGCCAAGCACUAGAGAAUUUUGUAGAUGGCAUAAUAAAUUUAUUCCAAGAUGAAUAUUUGAGGCGGCCUACACGUGAGGAUCUAGAACGAUUACUUCAUUCUGGAAAGGAACGCGGAUUUCCGGGAAUGGUAGGAAGCAUUGACUGUAUGCAUUGGGAGUGGAAGAAUUGUCCUACGGCUUGGAAAGGACAGUAUUCACGCGGACAUGGAAAACCCACUAUUGUUUUAGAGGCCGUGGCAUCACAAGAUUUAUGGAUUUGGCAUGCUUUUUUUGGGGCUCCAGGUACGUGUAAUGAUAUAAAUGUUCUUGACCGCUCACCGGUGUUUGAUGAUAUAUUAGAAGGUCGAGCUCCACGACUCACGUACGAAGUCAGUGGACAUCAAUACAAAAUGGGUUAUUACCUCACAGAUGGUAUAUAUCCGAAGUGGGCAACAUUCAUCCAAUCAAUUACCCGCCCACAAGGACCGAAAGCAUCAUUAUUUGCUAGUUGUCAAGAAGCAGUGAGAAAAGAUGUCGAGCGUGCUUUUGGAGUCUUGCAGGCUCGGUUUGCUAUUAUUCGAAACCCAGGUCUGUUUUGGGAUAAAGAGCGAAUGGGCAAGAUAAUGAGAGCAUGUAUCAUAUUGCACAAUAUGAUUGUAGAAGAUGAACGAGACGAAGAUACUCAGUUCGAUUUAUCUGAUUUCGUAGAAGGCGAAGGAAGCGGGACUUCUCAAGUAGAUAACUCUUUUUCUACAGAGACAGCUACAAAUGUGAACAAUUUGAUGGCCAAUCGAGCUCAAAUACGUCAUGAACAAACACAUCGACAAUUGAAAGAAGAUUUGAUUGAACAUAUUUGGCAAAAAUGGGGCCAAGGUAAUUGACUACAAGCGACUAAAUUAUUUUUAUCAUCAUGUUUUUUUCA